AAAUGCAGCACCAGUUCCUUCAGCAUCACCAUCAACAUCAUCAUCACCAUCAACAGCAGCCGCACCAGCAUCACCAUCAUCAUCAACAACAGCAGCAGCUACAGCAGCAACAGCAACAAUAUCAUCAGCAUCAGCAGCUCAUCUCGAUGGGAAGCAAAAGGAGCAACUCGAAGGCCUCCUACCUACCGAGGGCACCGCGUGAUAAGCUGCACUCCGAUCCGGACCACGGUAGCUACAAGCUGACGCUGACCUCGAACGAAGACUGUAUCAAUCAUCAUGCGAGCAGCGCGACUACAACGACGGGCUCAACGGCGACGACAACGGGUGGCAGCGGCGGUGGUGGUGGUGGUGGUGGUACCACCACUACCAAUGGCGGUGGAACCGAUGUCUUUCCCGAGGAGAUCAUCUCUUCAUCGAAGUGCAACCUACCGGAUGUACUACCACCGGGCGUCAAGUACUCAUUCUACUCCACAAACAACAACAAUAACAACAACAACAACAGUAGCCACCUAAUCAACAACAACAGCAUCAACAACCACCACCACCAUCAGCAUCACAACCAGCAGCAGCAGCAGCAGCAGAAUGGCAAACCGAAGUAUGGUGGACUGCCUCACUCGGCACCGAUCAUCGCUACGGCCAACAGCCUGAAGUCGCUGUUCAACUUUGGAUCCUCGGCACAGCAGGCACCGGCAACCUGUGAGCAAUCGACUCCCGGCAAGGACGCCGACAAGGUUGCUGCUACACCGCCAACAACACCACCGUCUGCCUACAGCAAUGGAACCAAUGGGGGCAAUGGCAGUCCACCGUUGCACUCCCAAAUUCAGGCCACCUCGCCCAAGUACACCUCCCAGUCAUCGUUCGAUCUGAAAAAGACGCAAAUCCUCGAAACGAUCAUCCAGGAGGAACAGCAGUGCAAUGGCUACCAUCACCAUCUUCCUCCUCAGCAGCAGCAACAGCAGCCGGUGGUGCACCAGAAUGGUACGAGCAUGCUUGGACUUCCGACCAUCACCGCUGCAACCUCGAACGCACCAUCGAUGAUCCAUCACAGUUCGGUGGUGAUCGAUAGUCAGCCGGUGGCAGCACAACCCCAAUCCCAGUCCCAAGUUCCACCACCGCUACCCUCUACCCCGAUACCGACGAUGAAUGGAGUCAGCUCGAGCUCCUCCUAUUCCUCCUCUAGCAGCGGCGCUAACACCUACUGUUGGCCGCUGACCAUCGCCGCAUCUCAAACUGUACAUAAUUGCCCGGAGAAUUCGGAAAAUCCGGCCAAUUUCGAGCUGCAACGGCAACCCUCGGUAGCGACUGACCAGCAGCACGCCGCUGCCGACGGUGGUACUGCUGCUGGUGGUGGUGGUGGGAUGAUGGUGGUAAAUACCGUUGCUUCCGCGUGUGCCAACUCCGUGUCCGCCUCCUCAACAGCAACGACGACGGUGGCCAGCAACACCAACACCAGCACGUCGGCGUCGGCGUCGGUGGGCAGCAUUAGUGUGGAGAAGGGUGGAGAGACGGUCGCCGCCGGUACCGUCGGUGUUGUAUGGCCAGCGUCUUCCUCCUGCUGCUCCGGUGGUAUUACCAAUCCAGCGGUCGGUGCGUCGACACACGCCGAUGAAGACGACGAUGCAGUACGAUCAGUGUCGCCCGGAUCGAACGCAACCACUCACUCUGCACCGUCAUCAUCAUCAUCAUCAUCAGCGUCAUCAGCAAGCAUCAGCGCCAAAGAGGAGGAACCAACCGCAGCAGCAGCAACAGGUGAUCAGGUCUCGGAAGCAACGCUUCUGUCAACCGUGACGACCAGUGAGCUAGCUAUCGUUACCACCAACGCCGGUUCAUCGACAACCUCUUCGGAAGGUAGUACCAGUGGUAGUGGUGGUCGCGUGCUGCAACGCACCGAGAUCGUGCUACGCGUCCAGGCCCCCACGUCAGAGGCUGCCUCGCAGACGGAACUACUCGGUGGUGAUCAUCAGUCGUCGUACGGUGGUGCUGGUUUGAUCGUCGAUGCGCUCACCGUGAGCGUUGGUGAGCUGACGAUCGAUACAACGGCCGGCAGUAGAAAGAAGUUUGCGGCCAGCACCGACGGUGGCUCCUCUCCCUCGACGGCCGCAAAUAAUACAGUGAUCGAAGGUGCACGAUCACCACCGGUUACCUGCUCGGUGGCCACCUCGACGCCCAGUAGUCCAACGGAGGGGACCGGAAGUCCGACGCGGAACUUCUUCGGCAGUAAGACGGAGGGCGCCACUACUGCCGUACCGGCCACACCGCGCAAGCUACACCCGGAGGAGAUCGACUGUGACAAGCUGUCGCACGAUCUCGUCAGUCAACUGUCCCCGUCCGAUAAGCUGCACACCAUACUGGCACCGAAGACUGUGAAAUCGUCCUCGGACUACGUGUCCGAUCUGUUCAACAUCCAGGUGGCACCGCGGCCACCGAAGAAGGAUGCCUCGACCGCACCACCACCAUCAGCAGCAGCAACAGCAACAACAACACCACCGGCAGCACCUGGAGUCGGAGCAUCACCACCGUCGGCAGAGGGUGGCGGUUCACCGAAAAGCCCGCUCGAAAUUCUGACGUCCAGUUCGACCUACUUUCAAAUCUCGGAACCGAAGGCCAAGCUGAUGACGCGCUACAGCCGCGAGAUGACCCUGAUCAACGGUGAUUGCUGUGAUCUGACCAAGAAGAAGGAGGAACUCGUCCAACGUCUUGGCAAAAAGCUACUAGUCCUGACGAACGAGCAGACGAGCAUCGCGGAGGAGAGCAACGCGAACGAUCUGCUCGGCAAUGAUGUCGCGCUCAAGGUGACGCAGAAGGUACGACCAUCGGACGCGUCCAAGUUCCGGUCGUACGUGGACGAUGUGGGCUACAUCACGAUGCUGCUGCUGUCACUGUCCGGGCGGCUCGCCCGUACCGAUAACGCACUCCACAAUAUCGAACCCAAUCAUCCCGAUAAGAAGAUCCUGGAGUCGAAGCGGGAACGGUUGCUGGAGCAGCUCGAUGAGGCGAAGGAGCUGAAGGAUGAUAUCGAUCGGCGCGGUUCCAUCAUUGCCCGGAUCCUCGAGCAGGCGCUCACGCCCGACGAGUACGCCGAUUACGAUUACUUCGUCAACAUGAAGGCAAAACUGAUCGUCGAUUCGCGCGAAAUCGCCGACAAGAUUACGCUGGGAGAGGAGCAGCUCCGUGCGCUCAAGGACACGCUGGUGCAGAGUGAGUGCUAGCUCCCUAGUGCCUGCCUGCCUGCCUGCCAGCGAGCCAGCGAGCGAGUGGUUUAGAUUCUAGGUUUUCGUUAGGUUUUUAGGGACGCCGUAGGUUUAGGUAGGUUGGUGCGUUGAUCACCUUCUCCCUCUCCCCCCCGUUGCGAUCCCGCUAUAUCCACUCUUCCUGCCUAGUGAUAAGAAGUGAGGGCACGAUAGGAUUGUGUUUCUUUUUUUUGGCUGUUUAUUGUGUGUAUUUCGGACGGGGAUGAGGAGGUUAUUUGUUUCCAAAAUUUGCAUCACUACAAUAUAGAAAGGAUAGGGUUGAGAGGCAAACUGCCGAUCGAUCGAACGAUCGAUCGAUCGUUGCCGAGCAGCUAGCUUGUGUACAGCUUAGAUUAGGAUAACGUGCAUAAUGAUGAUAGCGCAGCCAACUUUAUCUCUCAGACACAGCAACCACAUACACUAUCUAUGCCUAUCUCUCUCUCUCUGCGUUUCUACAUCUUUCGUUUGCUGUAUAUUAGUCAAUUUGUUCUUCUUUUCUCAUACAACUCCAUCUAUCGAUUGCUCUAGGGUCGAGCAACGCAUCACGUCACUUUUGCACCCCGUCCUCUUUUCCCUCUUUUGAGAACCAAGCACCACCAAGGCUCUUGCAUUUCAACGGAAUGAAGUUGAAAUUCAAAGAGUAUUGCACCGCUUUCCCUGGCUUUAGAGUGUUCUCUUCAUAAUUACAAUCGCUAGCGCACUAGUAGCUGUUAAGAAACGGUAGAAGACGAAGGGGGGCAGGAGUUGCAAUCAUUUAUCCAUUUAGGUAGUACCCGUGUGCUGUGUGUUUGUUCUCGUUUCGUCUGCAUGUUUGCAUCCGGUGCAUCCAACUAUGGUGCUCUACACACACAGAUACAUAAGUAAGCAUAUGGUCAGAAAGAGGUCAGAUCCCUCUAAACGACAGGAUCUGCGUCAGAGUCACGGCCACAAUAGCAGACGAUAGGAAAGUUCACGUUAUCUCGGCACGUUACUGUAACACAUAACGCAUAAAACAUUAGAGUGGAAGCUAUGCUACGGACGGUGUGAUGAAAUGGAAUGUGAAAGAAGAACGUGUUAGCACAUUACGUGGCUACAUGCUAGAGCAGAUUAGAGGCAGCACGUGCUGCAGCGCGUUUUGUAAAUGCAUCGAAGGUACGAGGGGGUGGGGAGUCACACCGAACGAUUCCGGGGCGUGUGAACAGGAUUUGCUAAAGAAGAAGCGAUCGAGGGCAGAGGAGAGGGGAUCGAACGACGACGACGAAACGAUAGCGCAUAGCGAGCAAGAUAUAUUGUGAUUUUAUCUGAACGAAUGUAUGUAUUUAGUAGACGACGAUCAAUCGAUCGAUCGACCGAUGGUACCGUGUUCGACGGUGUUUAGCUGUUUAGUGUACUGCUGUAGCCUGUUUUAGUCCAUUUCGU